AUGCACCACUUCGCUCGGUCGCUGGUUCCGGCUGGUGUGAGGCACUUGCUUCCACGAGCUCCAAAGCGGGUUGUGAUUGUUGGAGGUGGCCCAACGGGCCUCUUCUGCGCAGACCGCUUGAGGCAUCACUUCCAGGUGACGGUGGUGGACUCCAAAGAGUUUUUCGAGUUCACACCUAGUAUCUUGCGUGCCCUCGCCGACCCCCCGCACCUGUCCAGGAUCACCUUCGACUACCGAGAGGUCCUCGAGGGACAGCUCGGGGUCGAGUUCGUGUUGGGCCAGGCGACGAAGAUCGACGCGCCCUCGAGGUUUGCCGGCUCAGGCGGGUCAGCCAGCGGCAGCGGUACCAUCGCAACGAAUGGUCGCGGCAGCCUGACUGUGGAACCGACCGUCGGCAGCGUACGAGAGGAGACAAGGAUGAGCUUCGAUUAUUGCGUGGUUGCUGUUGGCGUCGCCAAUGGACUGUGGAAACCUCGUUCACUGGAAGAUCUGUCUGGGCCCACAGCGGUGUCUUCUUCUUCUUCUACCGCAAGGCCGACAAACCAGAAGCCGGCACAGUCCGCCGUGCCUGUGCCAUCUGGUGGUUCGGCUUUGGACGAGAGGCGCUUGGACGGCCGCCGGCGAAAUCUGCAGCUCUUGCACGAAAAGCUGGCAAAUGCGCCUGGCGCGGUGGUGGUCGGAGCUGGAUUGGUAGGUGUCGAGCUCGCUGCAGAGCUAGCUCAUUUUUUCCCGCGACUCAAGGUGACGUUGGUGGAUGGUGCAGCCCACGUCUUGCCGCAGCUGGCAGAUCCGGCACGGGACUACACCAUGGAGUUCUUCGCGAAGACUGGCGUGAAACUUCGCCUUGGCCAGCCCUUCGUGCCCGAGUUGGUUUCGGAAGGCGAGGUAGUGCUCUGGUGUGUUGGUACGAAGCCGCGAGCUUCAGAGCUCUUCGUGGACCGAUCGGUGCUGCGCAGCAAUGGCCAGAUCCGUGUCAACAAGCGGAUGCAGGUUCUCAGCAGCAGCCACAUGGGUCUGAGCAGCGUCGAAGAACUGACUCAUGGCGUGGUUCUGCAGCCGCUUGGUCAAGGACAAAUCUUUGCAAUCGGCGAUGCAGCAUCUGUGGAGGGCGUGCCUCUGGCCCAGAUGAUUUUUCACGGGGAGGAGAUGGCUUCUAUAGCCGUUGCAAACAUUGAGGCUGCCGAGAAUGUUGCUUCGCCGAUCGCCCUGGGUGUUGCCAAGAAGGAGGCGGAGGUUGGCACGCCGCUGUUGGCGUGCACUUCUCUUGGGCCUCAGGACGGCAUGUUCUCGACACAGAGUGAGCUGGUGGCUACAGGGGCACUGGCGGCCAUCCAGAAGCAAGUGAUCGAGGCGACGAAGAUGGGCGCCUUGCAAGGAGAUCCUUUGAGCUCUCUCUUAUGGCUGCCUGUCCACUAG